AUGCCCUUUCACCAAUAUGACCGCAUGCUAGCAAUAACGAGGAGAGGAGGCCGCUUACAAGUGUAUGAUGCUCAAACGGCCACGGCGCGGCCGUUUGCUAAACAGUGGUACAAGGUCGGGGCCACGUUUUGCAAACUCCAUGGCUGCAGCACCUGUCAAAGCAGCGAUGAGAGCGCCACAGUACAUAUUGACUGCUUUAAGCUCUUUGUUCAGGAGUGCACCGCCCCGGACAAGAUUCAUCGUUUAUGGCAGGCUUCCGUCGUCAUGGACCCUUGGGUCCAGUGCAGAGACACUGGUCUGCCUUACAACUUUCAAGAGCGCAUGUCCAGCGAGGACGCGGCACGUGCUUGGGAUAUCCCGCUGGUUGCGCGGCUGCCGCCAGAGAUCUGCCUCAUUGUCCUCGGUCAGACAAGAGACAGCCUCUUCACCAAGUACAUUGCCGUCAUGAGCCGCGCGCGGGAGCUCUCCCAGUCUGCCUCGCCCUCUCAACCCCCUGUUUCCAUGGCACUCGGCGACAUCAAGUACUGGACCCGCGGGAUGGCCUGGCCCAUGCAGCUGGAGGAAGAAGCGGAAGACGACUUGAUCCGAGUCACGAUUGAUUCUAGCGGCAUUCAACAAAUUGAACGUUUGGACAAGAUCGGAGACCCUAUGCACUCCACCCAUCUUCGCAAGCUCUUUGUGGUCCAGGAAUCGUACAGGCUCGAAUCAGUCAAGGCAUCACUGUUUGGUGGUCAUUGUCGCCUCGUCGUGCCUGAUGAUGUCAAACUGAUAUUAUGGGAUAACCCGAUGCCGUUUAAGCUGUAUGCCCCGCUACGUCUUCCCCCAGACCACGACUUCGCCAGGUUUUCUUCGAUCGACACUACGAGCUGCUUUGGCCUGACGUUCUUUUUCCACGUGGGCCAUAUUGUUGCGGUGCAUCCCCAUCUGAACACAGUCUGGGACAAAGACGCACGACGUACAUUCGAAAGCCUCCCCAUCAUGCACCAAAAGGCUGCGCUCUGGAUUUAUGUUCCUUUUCCAGCUGGAGAAGAGAUGAAAGGAUACUGUCUGCGGAGCCGCAAAAACAAAGAAGACGAUCAAGACAUCGGUCCAUGCCUCGCUCUGUACAUGAAGCAACAAGGUAUCAUCGAGCUUGGCUACAGAUAUACCUUGGCAGAUGAAUACACCAUCUGCCGCACCAGUAAUAGACCAUUUCUAAUCCACAACAUGCGUACCGGAUAUCUGCGCCGUCAUCCGCAAAUGAUGGAACAGGAGCAGCUAUGCGGCGUCGCGGUUGGCGCCACAUACCCUUGCUCGUUCCAGCGCAAGAGCGCUGACCCGUCCGCCCAAUCGCAUCUGAGUGGGAGCCUCCGGCCUAUUCGGUAUGAGAUUUACUCCACCGCCCGUCUCGAGAUGGUCAGGCUCGCUGAGGUCUACAACGACCCGCAGACACAUUGCUGCAGAGGCAUCAUGUUCUACUACGACUGCGGCAAGAGACGAGCCGUCGGGGAAUGCCGCAUUGGUGUCGACCAGGUCCGCGCAUGCGUCAAUCCCACACACUUCAUGUAUGCCGAAAAAGAGUACCUCCUUCCUGGUUCUCGCAACCGCUAUGAAGGGACGGUGAUUGAAAUGGUUGAUGAUGUGAACCGGGCCUAUGCCCGCAACCCAAUCAUCAACGGCAUCUCUGCAGCAUGGAGACCUGCCGCCAUGUCCGGACGACUGGAGUUUCGAUUUGCCUUUGGGUCGACAAAUAUUCGCGUCUACCGAGAGUAG